AUGGAUACCACUUGCUCUGCUCCGGAGGCUGAUACCGAAAAAGGUCAGGAGGCCAGCAACUCUCGCCAAGAUCCCGGCGUUUACCCGACCGCAUAUACCCGCGGAGCCUGGAAAGGCUCCGACGUGAAACCGCCGGAGAUUGACUGGCUGUACCGCUCCCCAGGAUGCCGGCGGAGGUGUCCUGCCGGAUUCCAGGAGACGAGCUGGAGCAGAUCCUGCCUCAGCCGACGCAAACCCCCAGGUCGUGGAGCACGCGACUCCGCUGCAAGCGGAAGUUGGCCAGGAAUUCCUGGACAACUUGGCCUCCCGGGGACGCAAGAACAAGGCUCCGGCGCCUCAGGCCGGCCCCAGCGAAGCUCCCCCGCCAAGCGCUCCAAAAAGAAUGGCGGCGGCAAGCCUUUUAGCAGGAAGCGGUAUCGUAGCCAGAUGCCGAUUGCUUCCGGGCCCGCUCUGAGCCUCACCCGGAGCGCACCUGGCAUGAGGCUGGAAGCCUCUGAGGACGCCACCAGGACCUCAACUCCCCCUCAGCCAAACCCGGUACCAUCUGGUACCGACAAAUCUCCAGCCUCCCCUCUGGGAGGCAAUACAAGUGCGGGGCGUGCGGCCCCGGAAACUUUUCAUCACCGCGCGGAGGAGGAUUUCUUUUCCCCUCCAGAUACCGAAGACACCGGCGCCAGCAACAUCGGCACCGGUAACGAAGAUGCGGAGCGGGCGGAACCUCCGGUUCCCCCUACUCCCAAGAAGAAGAAGGCCGCUACCUCUCCCGCCAAGACCGUGCCGGAAACUUCCGCGCCGGCAAGCCCAUCACCGGCCAAGGAAGCGCCGGAAGCUCCCGCGACAACCAAGGACGCGCCAACAUCUUCUCCGGCAGCUUCAACCGGCAAGCCUGCUCAUCCGGGAGGCGCCAACCUUACCGCCCAACAACUUGCUGCGGUGGUGACAACGACGACCGCGCCACCUUCCGGCUCGCAGGCACUAACACUGCAUGCGGCCGCGCUGCCGUUGCGGCCAGUGAGAAGGCUUCAGCUCAGCUAG